ACCACAUCCUCCUCCACAUCUCUUUAGCUCAUAGCAACAAAGAUGUUCAGAAGGGACAUCCAGAGGAUUGGCUGCAGUAGCCAGUCCUUUUGGCCCUUCCCCUCUCCUCUGUCCCAUUUAGACAAAACUGGAGAAUGCUGAGUCAUUGCCUCAAAGACAGCCUUGUAAAACCCAGCAGUCAGCAUGGAGGAGGUCAAAUCAACAGGAAAGAUUGUGUAUAGUAAGGACCAAGGUUCGAGGAUGGUGCCCCAGGAAGGGGUAGAAAAAUUAAUCCAUCUGUCCCUACAGGCUAAAGAGCAUGCCUACUGCCCCUAUAGUAAAUUCAGGGUAGGAGCAGCUCUCCUGGCCCAUGAUGACAGAGUGUUCACAGGCUGCAAUGUGGAAAACGCCUGUUACAACCUAGGGGUGUGUGCAGAAAGAAACGCCAUUUCAAAGGCGGUGUCCGAGGGCUACAGGAGUUUCAAGGCCAUUGCAAUCGCCAGUGACAUGAAUGACCAAUUCAUCACCCCAUGUGGUGGCUGCCGUCAGUUCAUGAGAGAGUUCGGGUCUAGCUGGGAUGUUUAUCUAUCGAAGCCUGACGGCUCCUAUGUUAAGAUGAGUGUGAGUGAACUGCUGCCGGUGUCUUUUGGCCCAGAGGACCUGUCACUGCAAAAAGUCUUCAACACUCCCAAUACCUUUUGAGACACAACCACCCCUACCAAGUUACUGAUAUUGAGACACUUGACAAGCAUUUCAUUUGAUGUCUGUAGUAAAGAGCUUGCCAAAUAUUUCCUGUAAGCAAUAGUGACUGUUAAUAAGGUUACAUGAAAUAUUUAGCAGGUUGGUUUAUAUAUUCACACAUGCCAAGUUAACUGCAUUAUUGUUACUGUGCAAAUAAUUGUCAUGAUUUCACUUGACUGGCUCAUUUUCUACACUGAAACUCAUGUUGCAGUUAAAAAGAACAAGGAUUUAUUAGUUUUACAAAACGUGAGCAAAAUGAAAUAAAUAUCUCUCGCAGAACUUUUUGUUUACGUAAUUUCAUAAAUAAACUGCAAAUAAAAAGCAUUUCCAAGCAGUUCCUUUUCAUGAUCAUUUCAAUUCCUCCCUAUUAAGUAUGACAUUCCAAGGACAUACAAGCAAGAUACAUUGUUAAGAGCUUUAAUCUACUACAGCUAUUUGCUGAGAACCAACUUUUUUUCCCCAAUACGUGACAAAAACAAGAAGUGUUUAGAAGCACUUAAGUGGUGAAAAGUCGAGUACAGUUGCCAGCGCAGUUAAACUACUGGUGUUCAGUUAACCCAUGCAUUAAGAUGUACAGUAGUUCAAUGGCACAGACCAGGAGACUAGGACUAGUAGGACAUGUAGGGAUUAGUUUGCCCCCCCCCCCCCCAGAAAUGGACGGUGAAUAAAACUAAAAUAAAAAGACAAAAGGAGAAUACAGUAAAAUUAAAAAAGUAACAUCUGAAUGGGUAUAAAAGCAGAUUUCUUAAAUUCUGCAUGUCACUUCUCUAAAUCUAACCUAUUUGGAACCUGGCAGUAUACAGUUUGCUUACUUCCUUAAAGGCAGCAGACAUGGCACGAGGGCUGAGCAGCAUGGGAAAACAUUUAAAAGAACCCCAUUCAAAUGUAGAUCAUAGAAAACUGACUUUUGCAGAUCACUGUUUUAACAUAUGUCUGUAACUUUGAAAUUCAAAAACAGAUGUAUUGGUGCUUUUCAUCUGUGAAAUUAAAUUAUUUGUCUGAAUGGGGUCCUAAUAUACAUAUAUAUAUAUUUAAAAAAAUACUCAGUGCAAUAGGUUUAAUUUUUCCAAGAUGUGAGUCUUAGUUAUUUGCUUCUUGUGAACUUCCAUGGCAAGAUCAAAGCAUUUGAACCAGUAUGAUCACUCAAAAGGCUGUAAAGAUAUGACAAAUGAUAAAAGGCUCUCAUCUGUUUGUUACCUAGCUUCAAGUUCUCCCAUCAUUCAAUAUUACAAUGUUUUAUACUUAAAUGUUGGAAGACCAACAUCAAAUUUUGAUAAAACAUGACUAGCAAUUGGGUAACAAUAGCCUCAAAUUGUUCAGUGGGCUAUCAUUAAGAAAUCCCCAACAUUGUUUAGAUAAAUCCAAUGCAUCUUGCCAAGGAAAAUAAAAAAACUUUUACAGAAUAUCUUGUUGGUUCCAUACUUUAGGUGUUAUGGUACACGUUGAAUCUCUACAGUAGCUUCCUUCUUCCUCUACAUUAUCAAUGUUUAAUCUUCACUACUCAAGCCUACAGAAAAAAAGAUGACAUCCUGUAGAGACCUCUAGAAUUCAGUGUUGUAAACCUAUGUGUGCAUUAGAGAUUGGAUGAAAACACUGAAAAACCAUUAAGUUACACUGCAAAGUUCUUACCGAGGAAUCUGAUGGGAAAGCAAAACUAAAAUGACUACCCUUCCC